UCUUCGGGCCCCAGUAACGUAGCAUACCAGGUGCGUGCCUGUCAUUCGCUACUCGGCGUCCGACUGGCUCUUUUCGAGACUCCACACUGCCCAUAUGGCAUCGAGUUACGACGUAGCCUGGGCUGUUCUGGCGAUUCAAAUUGCAAUGCGGAACAGAAGCCAGUGGUAAUGCUUAACACGAAGACCAGUUCCGAUCGACUCAGAUUCAUGGAAGAUCUACAGGAAUGCAUUCUUGAAGUAUCCGAGAUGGACAGAAUUCGCAUAGAUGAAGAGCUUUCCAAAUCUAAUUUACCACUCGCUUCACCUUCGGUUGAUACGAACAAGUCCGCCCCGUUAGCCACUACAUCCAAGGCUUGUGUUUCGUCAGAAACUAAGCUCUUGAGUAAUAGAGAUAAUAUAACAGCACUUAAUGGUCAACCUGCUGCUCCUCAGACUGCCCGAAGUUUGCAGUACCCAUCAGUAUCCAUCGGAGCUUCUAACCUGGUAUCUGGAGUGCAUCGGUCAGGCUCCCUAACCCAUUCGCCUUGCUCUCGCCCCUCUAUGGAUUUAACCUCUACACACACCGCCGCCGCCAAUCUGCCCGUUAAAAGCAUUUCUCUUAGCCAAGAGCUUCCGGUAUCCGGACUUGUACAGCAGUUUCAUUCACACACCCACCAAACUCAUAACCAAACAUCACUCGCGCAUCAACCGGUGUCGAACCUCAUUAAACAAAAUCGUUCCCAGUCACAGUUCGAUACGGGUAUGGCGAUUAUAGGGCAGUCGGGCACCUGCUGUGCCUCUGCUCUCGUCUACUGUACAACAUGUGCCCCAAGUCAGCUUAUGAAGACACAAUGCUCAGGCAGCGCUGCUUACGCAGUAAACUUGGCCGUCUGUCCUAUUCAGGUGCAGCGCAACAGUCAGCCUAAGUUCGGUCCCGAAGGAGACUCUUUUACCGCCAACGAUGCCAUAGGUGAUCACAACCUUAUUUGCAACACGGGACAUACAAAUUUGCCCCCAGCAUCGAUUGGCUCUGGCCAGCGACUCAGCGGUGAUAGCGGUCUACUAGCCGACUUGGAUUCUGCCGCUUCAAACACUUCGCCAUCCACUCUGAAGUUUGCCUGA